ACAAUUCACAAUAAAGCAUACUCAGUCAUAGAGUAAACUUCCAUUGGACAGCUGACAUGAUGUCUGGAGGAGAGGUGGUCUACACAGUGCUGGAGGUGCUGAUCGCCAUUGCCUGCUGCCUGGGAAAUGUGCUGGUUAUCUGGGCAGUGUGGUCAAGCAGUGCUCUGCGGCAGCCCAUCUUCUGCUUUAUGGUUUCUCUGGCUGUGGCUGACUUCCUCGUAGGGUCUGUGGCCAUGCCGCUGGCUGUACUGGUGGAUGGACGGGUGCAGACCUCGUUCAAUGUCUGUCUCUUCAUUAGCUGUGUGGUCAUCAUGUUGACAGUGGCCUCAGUCUUGUCACUGCUAGCCAUUGCUGUGGACCGAUACCUACGCGUCUUCAUCCCUCUCAGCUACAAGAAGACGGUAACAGAGAGAAGAUCUUGGGUGGUAGUAGCAACAUGUUGGUUUGUUGCUUUUAUAUUGAGCUUCCCUCCCAUGUUUGGAUGGUACAAUCAUGAAACGUUGUCUCACUCAGAGAACUCGACCGCAAUCCUCUGCCAUUUCCUGGCUGUGAUCCCCAUGUCAUACAUUGUUUACUUCAAUUUCUUCCUCUGCAUCCUCACCCCGUUAAUUGUCAUGGCUGUCCUGUACAUCUACAUCUUCUGUACCAUCUGGAGGAACCUGAGGGAGAAAGCAGGGCACGGGGCCCAGUCCCACACCUACUUCAGGAAGGAGAGGAGCCUGGCCCAAUCCCUGGCUCUGGUCCUGGUGCUGUUCGCCUUCUGCUGGCUCCCCCUGCACAUUAUGAACUGUGCUGCCUAUUUUGGCAGCCCGUCAGACAUACCCCACACCGCUUUCUAUGUGGGCAUCCUCCUUUCCCAUGCCAAUUCAGCAGUCAACCCAGUUGUCUAUGCCUUCAAGAUCCGCAGGAUCCAGGGAGCGUACCUGAGGAUCUGGAGGAGGUUCUUUGUGUGUCGCGAUGACAACCAGGGCUCUCAGAGCAAUCGUUCCACUGAGCACAAUAUCAGCAGCAACCCUAACAAUGUGAGCAAGGGAUAGUCAACGAUGCGCUAAAUGCUAAUCCCACAGAUUUAUUCUCUGAUACUUUGAAAAAGACAAUCCCAAGGAUGCAGAUCAGAUAAAGUGGUCUACAUCAUUAAUAUCAUAACAAGCAUGAUCUUAUCAUCAAAACCAUACUCACAUUAUAUUUGGAU